GAGGUGGGCAAUCUGGAAGGAGGAAACGGAGAAGGCGGAGGGCUGUAAAGCCAAUCAGAGAGCGAGUGGACACCUGAGGAGGUGGACGAAGGAAGUAACCAAUGGAAAUGCGGGCGCUCGCACCUUCCGUCCAAUAAGCAUGGCGGAAGAGUGAAUGACCGCGGAAAAACGGGGAAGGAGGCAAGCGCUGUGCGACCAGAGCCACUGCCUUGCCCCCAGGAGACCGAAGACAUGGCACCCAAGAAGGCCAAGAGAAGGGCAGCAGCAGAGGGCGGAAGCUCCAAUGUCUUCUCCAUGUUCGACCAGACUCAGAUUCAGGAGUUCAAGGAGGCCUUCACGGUAAUUGACCAGAACCGCGAUGGCAUUAUCGACAAGGAGGACCUUCGGGACACCUUCGCAGCUAUGGGCCGCCUCAACGUGAAGAAUGAAGAGCUGGAUGCCAUGAUGAAGGAAGCCAGUGGUCCCAUCAAUUUCACGGUCUUCCUGACCAUGUUUGGGGAGAAGCUCAAGGGUGCCGACCCUGAGGAUGUGAUUACUGGAGCCUUCAAGGUCCUGGACCCUGAAGGGAAGGGCACUAUCAAGAAGCAGUUCCUGGAGGAGCUGCUAACCACGCAGUGUGACCGCUUCUCCCAGGAGGAGAUCAAGAACAUGUGGGCAGCUUUUCCCCCAGACGUGGGCGGCAACGUCGACUACAAGAACAUCUGCUACGUCAUCACGCACGGCGACGCCAAGGACCAGGAGUAGGGGGCUCUCUUAGUCCUCUACCGGCCAAAGCUUGCAGCCAGUCCGACCUCGACCCCCCCAUUCCCAAUAAAAUUGAACUGGUCUU